AGCUUCGGUUAUAUAUUUAUUUUUGAAAAUAUUAUAUUUUUUUAUAUAUUUACUUUUCCAUAAAAAAUAAACCAACAUGAAUGAUGUUCGUGACAAAGUUGUCGCCGGCUCUUCGACGUGGGAGAGUAAUGCAACUCAGAGUGACUCCUCUCCGGAAAUUCAGUCGUCACCGAGUGCCAGUGGCGAGACCCCUCAUACACCUGGAGCGCCGGUACCGCUAGCCCCACACCUAGCAGCAGAAUUACACCCUGAUUUAUUGCAGCAAGGCUGGCGAAAGUAUUGGUCCAAACGUGAGAAUAGGCCUUACUUUUGGAACAAAUUAUCUGGUGAAUCUAUGUGGGAAUUGCCUGCGGUCAAAAGAGAUUUUGAUCCUAUAACAGAUCCAUUAGGCAUUUGUCACACAGGGCCUCCAAAUGCAGGAAAUAUGACCCCAGGUGCAAAUAAAAGAAGACCAUCUGAGGACAAUGGACCUCCACCAAAGAAGUUUGUUUUGGCAGGACCGUGGGAUAUAGAGGUGCCAACUAAUGUUGUUAUAUAUGAACGGCCACCAACUAUUUGCCCCCAUCCUCAUCCAGAAAUUGAAGGGUUUAGAUUUACUUUGGCAAAUAAAUUAAGACAAUGUUAUCAAGAGCUUUGCCACACAAGAGAAAGUAUAGAUGCUCCUAAAGAUUCAUUCAAUCGCUGGUUAAUGGAAAGGAAAGUAAACGAUCAGGGUGGUUCCGAUCCACUUCUUCCUAGUCAUUGUUUUCCUGAAAUAUCACAUUCAAUGUAUGAGGAAAUUAUGAAUGACAUUCCGAUAAAGCUUACACAUCCAAAGUUCACUGGUGAUGCCAGGAAACAACUGUCAAGGUAUGCUGAAGCAGCAAAAAAAAUGAUAGAAUCAAGAAAUGCCUCUCCCGAGAGCCGGAAGGUCGUGAAAUGGAAUGCAGAAGAUACUUUUCAAUGGCUAAGGCGGACUGUGGGAGCUACAUAUGAUGACUUUCAGGAUCGUCUGGCGCACUUGAGGAGGCAAUGUCAACCUCAUUUGGCAGAAACAGUGAAAGCAUCUGUUGAAGGAAUUUGUCUCAAGAUCUAUCACUUAUCUGCUGAAUAUGCCCGAAAAAUAAGAGAAAAGCAUAGUGCUCUACUCAAGGAGAAUGGAAUACAGGAACUUCAAGCGCCACUGCAGCAGGCGGCCCUGCGCAAAGUGUGGUGUUAUCCGGUACAGUUUGCGGUGCCGGCGCCGCGCCCGCCUCUCGUGGAACAUUUCCUCGACCGCGACCAGACUUUGUUGAGGUAUCUUGGUGAAACACAGGUCCUCAAUGCAGUGUAUUUACAAAAACUGGAAUGCCUGUACCGGUACAGUUGCUUCGACGACAAGAAGUUCGAGCAGUUCCUGUCGCGCGUGUGGUGCCUGCUGCGGCGCUACGCGGCGUGGCUGGGCGCGGGCGGCGAGGCGCACCUGACGCAGAUGGCGCUGCCCGUGCCCGUCUUGGAGUGUCUGCAUCGCAGCUUCGGCGUCACCUUCGAGUGCUUCGCCAGCCCGCUCGACUGCUACUUCCGACAAUACUGCUCCGCAUUUGCUGAUACUGACUCCUAUUUUGGGUCCCGAGGACCAUUCCUAGAACUUCGUCCAGUGUCGGGAUCGAUGGUGGCACAUCCGCCUUAUUGUGAAGAGUUGUUAGAAGCGGCACUGAGACACAUGGAGAGGCUACUGCAGGAGUCUGCUGAGCCACUCAGCUUUGUAGUUAUACUACCUGAGUGGCCAGACAGACAAACACAUGCCCUGCAUAAACUUCAAGCUAGCCACUUUAAAAGAAAACAGGUGGUUAUUCCAGCUUUUGAGCACGAGUACAGACAUGGGUUCCAACAUGUGCUUACAAAGAACGAGGUGUACUUCAGAUGGGGCGGCGGCACGGUGGUGGUGUGGCUGCAGAACGCGGCCGGCUUCGCGCGCUGGGGGCCCUCCGAGGAGCGCGUGGAGGCGCUGCUGGACGCGUGGCGCCCGCGCAGCAAGCGCGCCGAGCCCGCGCCCGCGCCCGACCCCGACCCCGCGCCGCCCAGCGCCAGCCCCCGGCUCUAGCCGCCCGGGAGCGGCUUGCGAUACCGACGGUAUCUUAUUAUUUUAAAAUCUCCCUUCUCUGUUGUAUAGUUCGAUAAAAGUUUAUUAUGUUUUGAUUGUUUAUUAUAUUUUUUGAAGAAA